UUCCUAGUUCAGGGUCCAAAUAAGAGCAUGUUGUGCCGUAGAAUUUCGGGUCUUGCCCGAAUCGGAGUGCAUUCUCUGCCCAGAAUUAUUCGAAGAAACUACAGAAUUCAGUACUCUACAGUUCUAAAAAAAUUUUCGCGAAGUUUCUCCAGCGAAACUUCCACUAACAGCGAAAUAUCGAGCGUUCGCUUGUGGAGCGAUGGCGGCGGUGAUCAUGUUGUUUCGAACCCUUUCGAUGAUUUAGGUGCUUGGCACGACGCUGAAGCCAAAUCCUUUCUUCACAAUGUUUCGGUAGACACGGUUGGAAAAAGUACUGCGAAAGGACAACGGGAAGCGAAUGAGGACUGUUACAAAAUUUUAGAACUAGAACCAGACUUGUAUUACUUUGCCGUGUUCGACGGCCAUGGUGGAUCAGUGGCUGUGGAGUUUGUGAGCGAACAUCUUCAUGAUUGUAUAAAGAACUUUUACAGAAGCGAUAAAAGUAUUGAAAGUGUAUUAGUGGAAGCUUUUAUUAAGUGUAACAACGAUUUGAAGGAAUACUGUGAGUGGCUUAUUGAAAAAGGUCAUGAGAGGAACAUAUUGCACUGUGGUACUACAGCAACUGUAGCUCUCUUACAAAAUGGUACAGAUCUUACAGUAGCUAGUGUUGGAGACAGUAGUGCAUUAAUGUGCCGACUGGGUGAAGCAGUCUCAAUGACAAUUGCACAUCACCCAUCCAGAGAAGAUGAGCAGCAAAGAAUAAAGGUGUUCAAUGGAUGGAUUGAUUGGGGAUUAAAUUCUCCGAAGGUUAAUGGAAAGCUUGCAAUGACUCGCUCAGUUGGUGACUUUCAUCUGAAGCCCUAUGGAGUCAUUGCCAUCCCUGAAAUACAACAAUUUAAACUGGAUCUCAACACAGAUUCUUUCAUUGUUUUGCAUACUGAUGGUGUCUCACAUGUUAUGUCAGAUGAGGAGAUUACUCACCUUGUGCAGACUUGCCCUGAUGCUGAACAUGCUGCUAAUAUUCUGACACAUUGUGCAAUACAAUAUGGUUCAGAGGACAAUAUGACUGCGAUAGUAAUUCCUCUGAGACUCUGGACCAAAAAACCCAAACAGAAGGUUUCAAAAGAGCACAGCUUAUUGAAAAACAUGAGAAUUAAUUAUAUCUAAAUAUUCUUGUGCUAAAUUCUAGUGCUGUCUCCUUUGCUUGGACCAUGCUGGAAGAUAGGAGAAGAAUUGAAUUCAUCGGUGAAAAUGUUUGUCAUGUUAUCUAGCAUACACGUAUGUUGAAUAUUACAUUCUGCCAUUAUAGAAGGAUUUUUAGCAAGUUGACCCAAUUUGAUCAGUAAGCAGGAUUCUUCAUGAAUCCUUCCAAACAUGUCAUGUGAAUAACUUCCCACAUUGCAUGUAAUAAGCAUUUCUUGAAUUUUCAGAAUAAUUUUACAUUCUCUGAAAUUGAUUUUAUAAUCAGACAGCUGUGCAAGAUUCCACAUAGUCUCUUGAUUUGAACAUUCAUCGAUGUCUAGAACUGUGAGUGAGUACAGUGGAAUCCACUACUUUUCUCAUCAUCCAAUGACCUUUACGUAGUAGAAGAUGUUCAGGAACAGUAAUUCCUGCCUGUCCAACUAGCACAUUUUUUAUGAGGCUAUUUGUUUACAACCAUUGUUUUAAAUUAUUACUGUUUGCAACUCAUAUUUUUGUUAUUUAUGUAAAUAAUAUUAAGGAUAUUUCAAUCUACAAGAGCACACCAUGUGCUUGAGUCCUUUUGAGAUGGUUGUUAAAAUCAUCCUGCAAUAUAACAUAGUCUCUGUAAAUUUUAUGAUGUUUUUUGCCUCAGCUAUUCGAAGGGGCAAAUGAAACAAUUCAUGGAGGAAAUGAGUAAAUCACUAUGAAGGUGUACCAUAUUUCCUCACACAAGCGCCUGAACACUUACCUGAAAUUGUUGCUUAAAGGAAGGGCGCUUAUUGGAAGGAAGGUGCUUGUUAUUCUCCUAUACUGAUUCUGUUGUAGAUGAAGCUUGAAAAUUUAUAAAUAAAAUAGCAAUGGAAACAGGAUAUUCUUGUAUCAGUACUGUUAGGAAAGUGAGGGACGAUUGUGGGUGGCACUUAUUCGA